AUGGAUAACAACGGCAACUUGCGCUAUACUGCCGACGGCCGUGCUUACUACGUUGACGGCGAGGGUCGCUAUCGUUAUGUUGACGAGAUGCCCAGCUCCCCGAACAUGAGCCCUAUCUUGCCCAACACCCACCCUGCCGUCACAGGUCAAAACUACCAGCCCUACGACCAAGGGCCUUGUAGCUGGCCUGGAACCCCCGUCCCGGAUUACGUUCACCGGAGGGCUAACGGCCACAUCAUCCCUUAUUUUGGCAACGGAAGCCAACAGAGCUCUUUUGCCCACGCUGACCACCCCGCGAGGGACCACGAUGUGUUCCGUAAUGCCAUGGCCCAGUGGGGUCGUGCUGGUCCGCCUGACUCGGAGUACGAGGAAGAGUACCACCAGUACAAGGCCGCCGAGCCCGAGGCCAACGAGGCCGCCGAUGCGUAUACGACAUACAGGCGCGGCACGCCGCUAGGGACUCAAGAAUUCCACCGUGAGGCAGGUGCCUUGGCUGAUAAUGCAGCUCAAGCAUGCCAAUUGGUUUCGCAUCUGCGUUCCGAGUUCAAUCAAGACUACAUUGGCUAUCAUCAGGCUCACUACCGCGACGGCCACGAGCAAGCGCGCGAGAACUCUGAAAGGAGGGCCAACACUUUUUCCGGGCGGGCCGACGCCCACAGAAACUUCCAGUCGCUGGCAGUUCGCGUAGCUCAGGGAAAGGCCGCUAAAAAGGCCUUGACGGCCCUCUUGAAGGAUGCUGGAAACGGCCCCUUGCUGUCUGGGUAA